UGCCGCAACUGUCAAAAAAACUAACCGCACCCGGUUACUCAUCUGGGGGCUUUCCCUUAUCAAAAAUAGCUUGACUCCGAUUAAAAUUCGCGUAGACUGACCAGAGUCCGCGAAUUGUGUGAAAACAGGGUUAGUUUCUCUUACAAAAUGACCGAACAGCACCGUUUCGGGACAGUGGUGAGCCCCAUCACUUGUCACGCCUGGAACAAAGACAAGACUCAAAUUGCCAUUUCACCCAAUAACCAUGAAGUGCACAUCUACCAACGGAGUGGUUCUGAUUGGAAGCCCCUCGAUGUGUUGAACCAACACGAUCUUCGUGUCAUGGGCAUUGAUUGGGGGCCCAACACCAACCGUAUCGUUACGUGUGCGGCUGAUCGUAACGCAUACGUGUGGACACUGGAUAAAGACAAGAAAUGGAAGCCAACUUUGGUGCUUUUGCGGAUUAAUCGGGCGGCGACUUGUGUCAAGUGGUCCCCCAAUGAGAAUAAAUUUGCCGUAGGGUCGGGCGCGAGACUCAUCUCUGUGUGUUAUUUCGAGUCCGAAAACGACUGGUGGGUGUCCAAGCACAUCAAAAAGCCAAUCAGGUCCACAGUGACCACCCUGGACUGGCACCCAAACAACGUGCUUCUAGUCGCCGGAUCCACCGAUUUCAAAGUCCGCAUUUUCUCGGCUUACAUCAAAGACAUCGAAAAGACCCCCGAACCCACCCCUUGGGGCUCCAAAAUGCCCCUAGGCCACCUCUUGGCCGAAUUCGCCAACUCCAAUGCCGGAGGCGGAUGGGUCCAAAGCGUGAGCUUCUCCCCCGAUGGUAACAAAGUGUGCUGGGUGGCCCACGACUCGACCAUCAACGUGGCCGAUGCCACACGAGGCAACGCAGUUUUUAAAUUACGAACCGAAUUUUUACCCUUUUUGAGCUGCACUUGGAUCACCAAUAAAUCAAUCGUGGCCGCGGGCCACAGCUGUAUCCCGGUUUUGUACACUUUGAACGACAAUGGCCAGCUGGUCUUUACCGCAAAGUUGGAUACGUCGCAAAAGAAGGAGUCAGGGGGGCUUACCGCUAUGAGGAUGUUCCACUCGUUGGAUAAGCAGGCGAGGAGCGAGACUUCGGACACAAACUUGGAUUCAAUCCACCAGAAUGCCAUCACUUGUGUCUGCAUCUAUGGGGGCACCAAGGGCAACGCCACCAAGAUGAGCACCUCAGGGCUGGACGGGCAACUGGUCAUUUGGGACCUCAACUCGCUCGAGAAGGCCAUACAAGGGCUCAAAAUCGCCUGAAUACGCAUUUUUCAUUUAAUUAAAUGUAUCACACGUGUUUUUUAAUAAAACAAGUUAGUAAAGU